UUUAGGUUAUUUUUUGAUAUUUUUAUUUUUUAUACAUUUUUUUAUACAUUUACACAGGAGUUAUAUGAUAAUCAUUCAAGAUGUGUUGUUCAGGCUGUUGCAAUGGGUGCGGAGAAUGCACGGGAAACAUUGUUUAUAUUAUGGAAAAGCUGGCGUCCUUUGCGGCGUUGACAGCGGUGGUGAUAUGCGUCAUGAUAACUAUAGCUGUGACAUUGGGGCUUGGUAUCGGCCUUGGAUACAACCACUGCUUCGUCGACCUCAGGGUUAAGUCAGACGACAGCCAAAAUCCGAGCGCUAUGAGACAGUCUCUUAGAGAUGGAGAGGAUUUACGAAGGCACAGUGAAAAGCUUCGGAGAGAAAACGAAAUACCAAAACGAACGUUUUCCACGACUGAGGAGUCUGCGCGGAGGACCUACCCACUACCGGCUAUCAAACACACAAUGGCUAUCCCGCUCAACAGAGAAAUUGACUUCCCAGCCCUGCUCUCGAAACUACGGAACCGCAACAGAAAUGUAACUCUAGAGUUGAUCACGUGACUUUUGAUCGUGUAGCUCUUUUAUAUGUGUUUAUUUUGGGUUUUGUAUUUAUUUUAUUAAAGCCCUUGUUUCUAG